CAGGGCAGCAGAGCGGUGAACUCAGCGUGUUCUCACAUCUGUAUUGGGCAGGCUGGUGAGUGUGUGAGAGAGCACUGAGCAGGGAUAAGCACCAGACAGUGAGGAAGAGAACGAUAGAGGAGUACAAAAAAGGAGUGCAGCUGGAGUCGGAUGCUGUGGUGAACGAGAGCUGGCAUACCUCUCUCUCUCCCUCCAUCUCACUCAGUCUGUCUCCCCCACUCCCAUGCUGUUGUGAUAGACAGCACGGCACUCUCGGCUCGGCUGCAUGGAGGCACAGGGAGGGGCAGGGAGCCCAGAGCCCAAUAAAGACAUCCAGAAGUUGCUGAAGCCCUCCAGCUCAGGAGACCUUUCCAAGGAGUUGUACCAUCACCCAGUGGGGGAAGAGGAGGGAGGGCUCCCAGGACACACCGCUGGCCUGCUGCACGUCACCGAGAGGAGACGUGAGUACCGGGAGCCUCUGAGCAGCGUGUCCUCCCUGGAGGUGCACUUUGACCUCCUGGACCUGACAGAGCUAACCGACAUGUCUGACCAGGAGCUGGCUGAGGUGUUCGCUGACUCUGAUGAGGAGAACCACAACGAGUCCCCAGCAGGCCACCACCAGCCACACUUGCCCAGAGGAGGUUACAUGCGCUCCCCAUCGUGGACCCGUUGCAGCAAGGCUGAGCACCCCAGGGAGAGGAAGCACCACAGCGACUCCGACACCACCGCAGGGCCCUUAAUGAAGCUGGAGAGGCCUAAGCAGCCCUGAGAGCCUGUGGGUCUCGGAAAGAGAGAGGCCCAGAGCGGACACACCGGGAACGGACACCGAGACCACACCAACUGCCCCAACCCCUGGUCCGGGCACUGAGACAACCAUGGUGCUGAAGACACUACAGACAGACUGAGCUCUCGACGCUGUGCACUGUAUUAUAAACUUAACAUGAAACGAUGUCUGUGAGUGAAAUACACACAGACACACACACACAUGCAAACACACACAAAAUGACACACGGAUAUCUGCAAAACCACACACACGUACACACAUGCUAUUUAUUGUGUUUUCCAUGCAGGGGUUCCACUGGCACAAACACUGGAGGUCCAGUGUGAUUUUUGAGACUUUGUUUGGGGUGAACAACAGGGUAUAAGUCUGUCCCAGUGUGGGGAGAAUGCUUGGCUAAAAGCCUCCCUAUCCCUGCAGCAUCUUAGGGGUGGGAGAGUGGGCUUGGAGGGGUGGGACGGACCCUGAAAUCUGUGACAACCUCGGCUACAAAAUAACAUGUGGCGAAGUUAACGAGAAUACCCACUCCAGUCAAAUAAAUGACUGGAAUAUGGAUGUCAUUAUGCGAUAAUACAGCAGGCAAUCUGGAAGUCUUCUUUGUAAUUAGAAUAAGAGUCCAACCUGAAUCUAUUGCACAAUGUUCUUCCUAAAAGUGCCAGGGCCAUCUGCUCUCUGAAUUACUUUCUGCAGGCUUUCUGUAGGUUGUAACUAACAGGAGGCAAUGAGCAGUGUUUCAGUGGGGCCACUCUCCAUCGCUCUCUGAAUGACUUUCUGUAGGUUGUAACUAACAGGAGGCAAUGAGCAGUGUUUCAGUGGGGCCACUCUCCAUCGCUCUCUGAAUGACUUUCUGUAGGUUGUAACUAACAGGAGGCAAUGGGCAGUGUUUCAGUGGGGCCACUCUCCAAUCGCUCUCUGAAUGACUUUCUGUAGGUUGUAACUAACAGGAGGCAAUGAGCAGUGUUUCAGUGGGGCCACUCUCCAUCGCUCUCUGAAUGACUUUCUGUAGGUUGUAACUAACAGGAGGCAAUGAGUAGUGUUUCAGUGGGGCCACUCUCCAUCGCUCUCUGAAUGACUUUCUGUAGGUUGUAACUAACAGGA